AUGACGUCGCCGGCUCCCCGGAUCCUGAUAUAUCUCCUGCGCCGCGACCUUCGCCUGGCCGACAACCCAGUGUUCCACCAUCUCGCCCACCUGCCCGCCUCCAAUUCUCCGCAAUUCACCCAUGUCUUGCCUCUGUACGUGCUCCCGGCCAACCAGGUUGAAGUAUCCGGCUUCCUCAAGCCCGAUGCGAAGAGUCCAUAUCCCGAAGCUCGCAGCCAAGUUGCUGGUUUCUGGAGAUGCGGCCCCCACCGUGCCAGGUUCCUAGCCGAGAGCAUAUGGGACUUGAAAGACUCUUUGGGUGCAAUCGGCAGUGACCUUCUCAUAAGAGUCGGGAUGAUAGGGGAUGUGCUCCAAGACUUGCUGUCCAAUCAUGGAAACAGUGACGCUGUCCCAAACGGAGACUCUGGCAGUGGCGAGAGCGGGAGAAUAUCAGCAGUCUGGAUGACGGCAGAAGAAGGGGUUGAGGAAAAAAGAGAGGAGCGCGCUGCUAGAAAGGCGGCUGAGGCCCACGGGGUGGAUUUCAAGUUAUGGACCGACGAGAAGUUCUUCAUCGACGACCGGGACUUACCUUUCUCAGGCAUCAAGGAGCUUCCUGACGUCUACACCACCUUCCGCAAAUCGCUAGAACCUCUCCGUUCUCGACCCCGACAGACCGUGCCCGCGCCUUUGUCCCUGCCGCCACUUCCUUCUGCCUCGAACAUCCCGCGACAGGCAGAUCCAUUCACGCCACCCGAGUCUCUCUCCUCCAUGAUUGCUUCGUUGGAGAAGCCCCUUGGCACGGCCAUGGAAUCGGAAACCCCACCACGAUGGCCCUCAGGGGCGAAGUCGGGGCAUCCUUUCUCCGGUGGGGAAUCUGCUGCUCAGAAAAGACUGUCGCAUCUCAUAUCCUCAGGAGCCAUGGCUAAUUACAAGGACACGCGAAAUGGGCUGCUUGGGGAAGACUACAGUACCAAGUUGUCAUCUUGGCUCGCGCUAGGCUGCAUUACCGCUCGCCAAGUCCACGCCUCGUUGGUAGCCUACGAAGACGGGCAACCGGACGUACCAGGCACUUGGAAAGCCGCAUCUGGUUAUGGUCGUGGAGAGAACCCCGGUACUGCUGCGGUGCGCUUCGAACUUCUCUGGCGCGACUACAUGCGCCUCUGCACGCGCAAAUUCGGGCCAAGGCUCUUCCACGUCGAUGGCUUCCGCUCGGACGAGGCUUCGGCGAGCUCGGACGGAAAGAAGAGAUGGCGCUAUCUUGACUGCAGCGGUGGCGCUGGCGAUGACCCUGCGAAGACGCGUCAAGCCAUCGAGCGCUUUCGCUCCGGGCGCACCGGCAUCGGCCUCAUCGACGCCUCCCAGCGCGAACUGUUCCUGACAGGUUACACGUCAAACCGAGCCAGGCAGAAUGUCGCUUCGUUCCUCGCGUCGCAUUUGGGCAUCGAUUGGCGCGUUGGCGCCGAGUGGUACGAGUGCGCGCUCACUGACUAUGACUUGAGCAACAACUGGGGGAACUGGCAGUACGUGGCGGGCGUUGGCAACGAUCCGCGACAGGGUCGCAAGUUCAAUCCGGUCAAGCAGGCCCUCGACUAUGAUAAGGGCGGGGCUUACGUCAAAACUUGGGUCGAGGAGCUGCGUGAUGUGGACGUUGAUGGCGCGCAAAGCGGAGGUCGGAAGGGAGAAGAGAUGCUGAUGGGCUUAUUCCAGGCAUGGAGGCUACCGGAGAAGGAGAAGGAACGACUGAAUCUGAAGGGUAUAGAAUGGGUGGAAAAGCCUUUGAUACGCAUUCCGUUCGCGGUCGGGAACAAGGCUGGAGGAUCUGGUGGAGAUAAUAGAAGGGCGAGUGGAAGAGGUGGUAGAGGCUACCGAGGGCGCGGAAGAGGAGGUGGAAGGCCAAGACGACUUGGAGAGAUGGACAAAGCGACGAAACAAGGAGAAUUGGAAGACGGACACCCCUCGGCACCGGCUUCCUAA